GUAAUUCUUGCCAUCGUUAUAAUUCGUAUUAGGUAACAAAGGCGGUGAAAGUACCUACCUAGGCAAGUGGCAUGGCAGUUCUUGAUGGUUCCUAGCCAAAUGGAUUUCGUAGGCUACCGGAUUCUGACGUACAGUCAACUCCGUCAAUCAUUAUUAGUCUUCUUAUUAGCCUUGAUAGUGGGAUCAGUAUUAUUUACUUGGAGCUUACAGAGCGAGUAGAGCUUCACUUCAAACAAUUCACAAUUCACAAUUCACACUCCAAACAACCCAACUUCUCAAGAACUAAGAAGAACCUCAAAGAUUUGGUCUCUGAAUACUUAUUAACCGUUUCUUUUCUGCUUUGUUUUUUGUUCUUUAAUACAACAGUUCCUCCUUGAAUAUAUUUCAUCUAUUUGAAUAAACGGAAGAAACACACUUGAUACGAGGUCAAGAUGCUUCUAAGAUUUCGUGGCCCUGAUGGAACAGUCCGUAUCACCGUUGAAGCAAAUGAAACUUUUGGUCAACUCGGUGACAAGCUUGUAAAACUCCUACCGGAGAACAUCGACCCGAAGACGUUAACUCUUUCGAAUGCGCCGAGUGGUGGCGAGGUCAAGUCUCUGGUAGAAAUUGCAAAAGCCAAAGUCUCGCAGAUUGGUCUCAAGAAUGGUGAUAUGGUAUUUAUAAAUUAUAAGCUCUUGGAUAGUCUUUCAAAUGGCAAUGCUGCCCCUUCCACCUCGACUGGUCCUCCAUCUCAACUCGCCUCCUCAACAAAUCGUUUGAAUGGAAACAUUGUUCUACCAGAGUCAAUACCUAUCGAUGUUCCAGCUCAAGAAGUGACUUCGCCAUCGGAGAAGAUCAAGAACCCGUGGGAAUUAGUUAAACAAUCCGAUCUCGAUAAUAGGCUAGACAAGAAAGAUGGAAAGAUCCCCCGAAAGAAGGAUCAAAAGAUGUGUCGACAUGGUGAAAAGGGAAUGUGCGACUACUGUAUGCCGUUAGAACCAUUCAAUGCGGAAUACCUGGCCGAGAAAAAGAUCAAGAACCUCUCGUUUCACUCAUAUCUGCGAAAGAUCAACUCAGCGACCAACAAACCAGAGCUAGGAAGCUCUUUUAUGCCACCAUUGACGGAGCCGUAUUACCGUGUGAAGAAGAACUGCCCAUCAGGACAUCCUCAGUGGCCUGAGGGUAUUUGCACAAAGUGCCAACCGAGCGCAAUAACUUUACAGCCGCAAGCAUUCCGUAUGGUAGAUCAUGUUGAAUUCGCUCAAGCAAGCCUCAUCGAAAACCUGCUCCAGUUUUGGAGGGCAACAGGUGCACAGCGUUUUGGAUAUUUAUAUGGUCGCUACGAGGAGUAUACAGAGGUACCAUUGGGAGUUAAGGCUGUUGUAGAAGCUAUUUACGAGCCACCACAAGUCGACGAACUCGAUGGCGUCACGUUGAACGAAUGGGAAUCCGAAAAGGAUAUCGACGAGAUUGCGAGAUUGUGCGGCAUGGAGAGAGUUGGUGUCAUUUGGACUGAUCUCAUUGACUCGGGCGUAGGAGAUGGCACCGUCCUAUGCAAGAGACAUAUUGAUUCAUACUAUUUAUCAUCGCUGGAAAUCGCAUUUGCAGCACGUUUACAAGCAAAGCACCCAAAGCCAACAAAAUGGAGUGAUACGGGCAAAUUUGGGUCGAAUUUUGUUACAUGUGUAGUGACAGCCGAUGAGAAUGGAGGAAUCGCCAUAUCUGCAUAUCAAGUCUCCAACUCGGCCGUGGAAAUGGUUCGAGCAGAUAUUGUCGAACCAUCCGCUGAUCCUGCUGUAAUGAUCGUUCGCAGUGAAGGAGAUGAUGAUUCUGAUACGAGUUCACGAUACAUCCCCGAGGUCUUCUUCCGAAAGAUUAACGAAUAUGGUAGAAGUGUUCAAGAGAAUGCUAAGCCAUCUUUCCCUGUAGAAUAUUUACUCGUCACAUUGACUCACGGCUUUCCUAGCGAUCCUAAGCCAGCAUUCAUGGCCAAGAGUUCUUUCACUAUUGAGAAUCGUUUGGUCAUUGGCCAGGAACAAGAUCUCAAGGAUGUUGGAAAGCAAUUAGGACUUGACAAGAGCGGACAACUCACUCAAUCUCCCGAUGGCGUCCUUGCGGUGUCUGAUUUCCAUCUCCUUUCCUUUAUCUAUAGUAUGGGUAUUUUAAGCAAAGAAGAGAUGGCACUUCUUUGCCGUGUGGCAACUCAACACGAUUUAUCAGACGGAUAUCAAUUGAUAGCAACCCCUGGCUGGGCAAAUUUCCUUGCAAUUUUACAAUCGACUGGCUAGAUUGAAUAAAAAGUCCAUCCCUGGACUAUUUUGUUCUUUUGAAGCUUAUACUCUGGUCGUGAUAAUAGGUUUCUAAUCGCUAAUGCGUCUCGAUGGUCACUGUUUAAGUCUAUAUGGCAGAGGGGGAAGGGGUUUGAUGAGGUGGUUUCCAGCAUGAAUUAUUGGCGUGUACGAAGGAGGGCCAAAUUAAACAAAACGACAGGGCAAUGAGGAACUUUAGGUACUUGGUGGAUAGAGCGGUGACUCUGGUGUUAACGAAGGCAUGCAUACAUGGCGCAGGAUAUUCUGGGUAGGGAGAGGGAGAAGCAAAACAUCAGACAGAUAUAUUCUCGUUGGGAUAUAUGGCAUUUUAUAAAUCAAGUCAAUUAUUCCAAGCACAUCUUCUAUCGAUGAGAAUAUCAUGAACAGCUUAAUUCACAUUUCUACCUUUUCA